GUCUCUGCGACUCCCUUCACUCGAGAGAAGCGUUCAGAGCCUGUCUGAGAUGAGAUGAGAUUAGGUGAAUUUAGGACCAUGAUCCUAAAACGGCAAUAUUUCUCUGUCCACAUCAAAAGGAAUUUGGCGUAUCCUUGGUUUAUUUAUGGAGCGUGCUUCCAUUGCGUCUUUUGCUUUUAUAAUCCGAGAUUAACUCUAAAACAAGAUGAUGCUCAACUUGUAUACAACAGAAAUUACAGUCAUACAGUGUUAUUUCAUCAGGAAGGAUCAAACAGUCUGUUUGUUGGAGGAAUAAAUAAUGUUCUACAUUUUGAUGUAGACAGUCGUCAGAUUGUGGAGAACUUUACUCUGAAUCCAAACUUAAGGUGUGGUGAGAGCUCCUGUGAAAAUGUUGUCACAAUAAUUGAGCGAUUUCAAGACUACACAUUUGUAUGUGGAACAAAUGGACAUCAGCCAAAGUGUUGGAAACUGUUUCCCAGAGAAAGCAGUCGUUCCACAGAAGAUAUGGAAGGCAUAGGAUUCUCACCUUAUGCAUGUUCACAAAACUCCUUAUCGCUGGUGGCAGAUGAAGAUCUGUAUGUGGCAGCUCCUCUAUACAGUGAUGGAACCCUGCUGCAGUUUCGCAGAAAAGUUGGACGAACCAAUGUAUGGAUGUAUGAUCAAUGGGUCUCAGAACCCACUUUUAUAUCCAGUUUUCUGGCCAAGAACAAGAAUGACCCCUUGAAUGAGAAGAUAUAUGUCUUAUUUCGCGAGAAAAACUCAGACACGAGUCCAGAAGCGGAUCCUUGGAUAUCUAGAGUGGCCAGAGUGUGUAAGGUCGAUGAGGGCGGUCCCAAGCAGUUACUCCAGAACAUCUGGACCUCCUUUCUGAAGGCACGACUUGUGUGUGGGAUUCCUAGAGAGUCGCUGUACUUUAACCGCCUGCAGGACGUUUUCAUCCAGCAUGCUGACGACUGGAGGGAUUCACGAGUGUAUGCGCUCUUCUCCAGCAGCUGGAACUCUACUGCUGUGUGCAUUUAUUCGUUGGCAGAGCUUGAUUUUGUUUUUGAGAAUUCCACCUUCAAAGGUUAUUCUGAGGCCAUUCCCACCCCAAGACCAGGAGCGUGUGUCAAACAAAGCAAUUCCAUUCCAAUUUCUACCCUUCAAAUCAUUAAAGACCAUCCAGAGAUGAAGGAAUGGAUUCAUCCCAUUCAAAAAGACACACCUUUCUUCACAAGUAAUAAGAACUUCACCAAGAUAGCUGUUGACCGAGUCCAAGCUUCGGAUGAAAGCAUAUACAGUGUGCUGCUGCUUGCAACAGACAAUGGAGUGAUCCUUAAAAUCCUGGAGGAUGGCUCCAAAGCAUUCAUCAUCUCUGAAACGCAUCUCUGCAAUGGUUCAGCACCUGUACACUCAAUGAAACUUGACUCCGAGAAGAGGAAACUCUUUGUAGGAUAUCCGGGUCAGAUUUCUGUGUUAGACCUGCAGAGAUGUCAAGACUACAAUGCUUCCUGUGAAGAAUGUGUCCUUUCCCGUGAUCCAUACUGCGCUUGGACUGAACAAGGCUGCACAUCACAAACUAAAGGAGGAAUACAAAACAUUGCUGAUGGACUCACUAAAAUAUGUAAAAAAAAAUCAGGGGGAAGAUUCACAAGAGAUGUGCAACAAGCAUCGACAGCUCCAUUAAGGAUUCAACUCUCUGUGCCCACUGGCAUCCCCUUCUACCUUUCUUGUCCUGUCAAUUCCAAUCAUGCCACUUACAAAUGGGAACAUGAUCAAAAGAGCAUCCCAUGCGAGCAGACCCAAUCAGAAUGUCUCCUCCUCAUCCCAGCCAUGACGGCUGACCUGCAUGGCAAUUACAAAUGUACAUCCCAUGAACUCGAUUACACCAAAACUGUAAGGGAAUACAACCUCUUGAAUAACCAAGCUAGGUCUGCUUCUAAUGAUGUUUUCAAGCUCAGAUCACAAGACUGGUUAAUGGCUGCAUUUGUCACUAGUGCCUUCUAUUUGCGCUCGCUUUAAGGUCAAGGUAGUUAUAUAAAUGUCAGUGCUUCUGUCUUCAAGCGUUUCUGAUGACCUAUAAGCUGAUUAAAACCAUCAGUCACACGUUGCCAGGUGCAAGUAUUGCAAGUGAAGUUUAUAGUGAAGUAAACACUGAAGUAAAGAAAGCACCAGUCUUAGCAGAUAACUCGCAAUUACAUGCUUGCCAUCUGUUGAGUGGCUGUUGAAUGUAUACGAUGCGGUCCAAAGUCUGAAACCACAAUGAAAAUUUGAGCUUUCAUCUUUGGAAAUAAGAAAUACUCAUCUUUGGAAACUGGAAAUUUAAGGUUUUAGAAUUUCAUGAAGUAAAAUGAAGAAGCAAUAUUUUAGUUGCACUAUUUCUAGGUCAAAAGACACUUUUUAAAACAUUCACCAGUAUCGUUACAUACACAAGUAGAUAGCAACAAGUUACUAUUUUCAUGAGUGGUUCGUUAAAAAAUGAUCAUUCUUUCAGGAACAGAGCAAUGACUGUUUUUAGGAGUGAGUCAUUGAAUUAUUCACUCAACUGAUCAAUUCAGAAACGCUCAUUUAAAACAUUCAAAAAUGUUCUUUAUUUGUGUUCCCCAGAGACACAAAGCAAUUUUGUUGUGGCUUCAUUUGGAACCUUUUUCAUUAGGGAAGCAAAAAUCCAUACACUUGUUUAUUGGGCUGUUAAAAGCAAUUUCACACUCACAGACAUGCUAUUAAUAUUAUUAAUUACUAUUAUAUUAAUAUUAGAGUGGCUGCGAUUUAAACAACAGCUCUCUUGCUCACUUUUACACUCCACUGUAUGAGUAGAAAGCACUUUAUAUUGCUUAGUGUAAUUUUACUGGUUUAGUAUUUCGUUCAAGGACUGUAACUUGUGUGUAAAGUCACUUAUAGUAUGUGAUAUAAUCAGGGCUACACCAGACAUGAGUCAGGGAAUGUGUUUACUGGUAAACUACAACUCCCUCUCGUUAGCUUAGUUUAUGAGCUUGCAUCUGUUUCUUAAAGAUUAUAUCUGGAACUCUUGUUUGCACUUGCUUACUUGUUUGCACGUAAUUAAGUUCUUCUCUGUCAUUUGUCUCGUUUCAAGCAAUUGUUCCCCAAACUGUAUAGUGCUUGUGGUCCAAGAGUUUGCUUUUAUAAAGAGAAACACUAAUAUUUGGCUGUCUUCAAAUCCAUAUAGUUGUUCAGGAAGUCUGUGCAAUUGUGGGUUAUAUAAAGGGUUACGGAAAUCUGGGUGUGGUGACCAAAAACAAGGUCCCUACUGGGAUUCAGUGCCUUUGGCUGCUGCAUAUAGUUGGAAAUGGGCUGUGUUCUUUAAACACAACAUUAAAAGAGGUGAAACAUAUUUUAGAUGUGGAAUUCCAAAAUAAAUAUGCAAUGGAUCAAUUACAGCUGUCAAAAUAUGCAGCAAAUAUAUGUUCUAAAAGAAUUCUCUUAUUUUAUAUACACGUACGUAGGGAACAAGAUUAUGCAGCUUAUAUUUUUAAUUCAUUACAACUAUAAAUAGAGUGAUAAAGUAAGUUUGGAUGUAGCUGUAGUUUGGCUGUAGAUUUAUGAAAAUGAAGGGAAUUUGUAUAUUCUUUGACAAGCUCACUCAAAUGAGUUACUGUAGAAAAGUAGUUUAUGCAAAACCAUAUUUCUCUGGCAAACAUUUAAUAUUGGCUUUAUUCUUUUCUAUGCCAUUGAUUGCAUAAAGUUAUUGCUUGUAAUGUUCUCUUUAUUUUUUUAUUUAAUAUCAUAACACAUUAAUUAUUGAGAGGGACUCAUAAAUGUAAAAGCCAGAAUUGACAACAUGCCAAAAGUGUCACAGCUGUGGAGCGGCUUCUUGAUUCCAGGGUAUUUCCCGUUAAUAUUAAAUUAAAUUUAAUUCUUUAUCAUAUUAUACAAGGGACACUUUAUUCUUACCUUUAUUCUUGUAAUUUGAUGCAUAUUAAUUAUAUUUUAUGAUUAAUAUUUUGUGCACUGUCUCUGUUCACCUACAGCUAAAUACCUCCCAGUAUGUUUUAAGCUUUUAGAUAUGUAAUACUCUGUUAUGUUGUACUUUAUAUUUAUUUUUAUGCAUUACUUAUGUAUUUCCUUUAAAUAUGUCCAUUAAGCAAAAACGAAUAAAAUAUAUUUUUCAGCA